AUGUUUGCACACGGUUUAGUCAAAGAAUUGAUUGACCAAAAAGUUUAUCAAACGAUUCAUCAAGCAUUACUCGAAGAUUAUCCAGAUCAAAAAGUGAAAACUGACUGCUUAAUAUAUUAUUAUAAAGAAAGAAAGCUUACCGAUGAGUUUUACACUUUUGAUAUAAUUUUAAAUCCAAGUAAGCCUGAAAACCUAAUUUUUACGAUUGACUUGAUUUAUGAAUGUUCCUUUUAUCUUUUUGAGAUUAAGAUUUUAUUCAAAGAGGAAUUUAUAAAUUUUAAUUUUAUUCGUUUGGCAUCAGACAAAGCUAAAAUGUUUUUCAAGAUUAUAAAUAAACUAUUUUUUGUGCAAAUGAUAACUUUCAUUCAAUGUGGAUUUCUUAAAGUGUUUCCAGAUGAAGCAGUUUAUGAAACUAUAAAUGCUAUGCUAAAGAAUCAGAUUUCAAAUGAUACAAAACUUUAUGAGUGCAUUGUGGUGCACUUUGAGAAAAAUGAUAUAGCUGACAAUUUACCUACAUUUUAUGAUCAGAAUAAACUAUCAACAGUGAUUCAGCCAUACAUUGAUGAAGCAAAAUCCUCAUGUAAGUCCUUGGAAACUGUCAAAUCCUCUCGACUUAAGAAACCCAAGCUUUUAAAUGAUGACUUUAAUAGCAGUAGUAAAAUACUAAUAGGCAUAAUGAUGUUGCUUCUCGGAAUAGCCAUAGCUUGUUUGUUUUAUUUUAUAUGUCAUGGAACUGAGUAAUAAAUUCAGCAGCUUUUUUUUUAUAAUGUCCUGAAUGUAAAGAGUCAUGUUUAGUAAAACUAUCUCCAUUUCAAAUUCAUAAACGAAAAAAGAGCAAAUAAAAGAGCUUAAAUGAAAAAUAUGAUGAUGAUGAUGAAACAUGAAAUUUUUUUGUAUUUAAUGACACAGUUUGCGCGAAUAUGCCAUGCAAACAGAUAAAGCAAGAAAAUACAGAAAUGAGUGAAAUUGUUUGUGUACAUACAUGAGAAACAACAACUGAGAGAAGAUGGACAUUUUAUGUAUCAUCAUGACUAGAAGCGAAUUUAUGGCAAACCAUGAAUGAUAAUGUACGUAUGGUGCAUGAGCAACAAAAAAUAUUUUUUUUAUGUGUCUUGACAAGAGCAGAAGCAUGCAACUUAAAAUUGCACAUUUGCAGCACAGCACGAAUGAAAGGAUUCAACAUUGUUUGUGGCAUGCAUCAGAGAGCUUCUUCAUGUAUGUGUUCAACUAUAACAAGAACAUAUACAUGAUCUUAGGUUAGCUACUGAAAAAAUAGAACCAAGUCAUAUAAAUGGCAUAUUUGAGUCAUUUCAAAAAAAUAAAAUAGCAUCAUCAUCUUUCUUGGGGUAUCAUUGAAAGAAAUGUUUGGUAAAAUUCAGUAUCUGAGAAGAGAGAUGAAUAUCAUAAAAAAUAAUAUUGGGGAGCUUUAAAGCUCUGUUUUAUUACAACACUGUUGUGACAUGUACCAGCACGAAAUAAAGAGAGAGAUUGCUGAAAAAUUUCACAUUACCAAACCAAUAAAAGCAGAGAAAAAAAUAAGAAGCAAAACGAAAAUUUUCCAUCACAUAGCAGAAAUCUUUUAAACAGUGGAAUACCCUUAAAUCCAAUCGUUAAAAUAAGAAGAUAUCUUAUUAUGUUACUUAUAUUGCGGCAAUCCCCACAACAAAUACAGAAUCCUUUUUCUCUCGUUCUCUUUCGACAGUGCAAGAAGGAUUUCUUCAUCGAUUUGAGACGUUAAGGAAAAUUUUUGCUCUUGUAAAAAGGAUUUUUCACUGCUUUUAUAAUUAGCAAUAGACUUAAGAUUGCAAUGGAAAUAAAUAGCAAAACCAUUUUAAGGGGGAAUUAAAGCAGUCUAUAUGGAUGCUGAAACGUAAUUCUUUGUUAAUUAAAAUUUCUUUAA